AUGAGCCCGGGGGGCACCGGAGAGGCGCCGAGUCCCGCGCGGCAGCCACACCGCCGACGGCCUCCUUCGCCAUUCCCUCCACCUCUGCUGUUUUUCCUGGCCCUGGUUUUAUUCUCCCGCUCUUCUUCGGAGCAAGAGAAGGAGCCGGAUGCCACAAGCAAUUUACUUUCUGAUGUGUGCGCCUCAUGCCAUGCUAAUGCCACUUGCCAGAAACAAGAUGGCAAAGACAUCUGUAUCUGUAACUACGGAUUUGUGGGUAAUGGGAGGACUUUCUGUCAAGACAAAGACGAAUGCCAGUUUGGGACAAGCAAAAUUUGUGGAGACCAUACUUCAUGCCAUAAUACAUAUGGAAGCUUUUAUUGCAUUUGUUUUGAAGGCUUUCAGGCUUCCAGUAAAAACAAAAUAUUUAUUCCCAAUGAUGGCACAAAUUGUAGAGAUAUUGAUGAGUGUGAAGUCUCAGACAUCUGUGGCCUUGGAGGACGAUGUGUAAAUACUGCUGGAAGCUAUGAAUGCUAUUGUGUCGAAGGAUACCAACUAGAAAAUGGAACUGAGCCAUUUCAUUCAGUUACAGAGAAGAUUUCAUGCAAAGUUGUGGAUUGUGGGCCUCCACCUUCUCUUCCAAAUGCAUAUUUAGUUCUUGGCAGCAAAACAACCUAUGGAACCAAAGUUGUUUAUACUUGUCAGCCUAAUUAUGUCAUUGAAAGUGGAAACUGGACUGCAGCUUGUAAUUCCAGGGGACAAUGGGAAGGAGCUGAUGUGGUAUGCAAAGAAAUAGACUGUGGAAAACCACUGUGGUUUCCAAACACAGACGUUAUUUGGGAUAAUACCACAACUUUAGGGAGCAUAAUAUACUACAAAUGUAAAGAUGGAUUUCAGUUUUUUGGAGAACGUAAUUUUUCGCAAUGUACAACAUCUCAGAAAUGGGAAAACAUCAAGUUUGAAUGCAAAGAAAUAAGCUGUGGCCAGCCUCCUUUAAUACUUCACUCAGACAUAAAAUGGAAUGGGACAUCUCAUCUGGGCAGUGUUGUGGAAUACAAAUGCAAAAACAAUUCCUACCCUACAAGCACGAAACUCCAUUCAUUCUGUACUAAAAAUGGAUCGUGGGAAAUCUUGGAUCUGAGAUGUGAAACACACCUGGAUGCGAUCAAGGUGAGUGAGAACUUGGCACCUGCCCAGCCAGCGGUGGAGUCCUUGCCUGCAACUACGUCAUCUGCAGUGUUGCACCAGACCCAGGCCGCCAGUACCUCAGCAGUGCCUCUGCAGGAUCCGGAAAUGCAAGACUUUCUUAACCCUGCAAUGAACAAUUCUUGUUUGACAUGGAGGAGGCGUUACAGAAACCCUGGAGCAAAUAAAACUUAUCGACUCACUACGAUGAGAAUGCUAGGGAAUGAACCGAUAAAAAUUGCAGAUGUAUUGAUUAACCCUCCCGCAACUGAGGAGGCUGUAAAUGUGUGUUUGUCACUACAUCAGGAUGCAAAUUACACUGUGGAAAUCACUGCAGAAUCAGUAAAUUUGGUUUUAAAAGUCAAAAUAACACGCCCAGUAGUUGAAAAGGAAGUUGCAUUCAAGAACAUCUCCAUAUUUAAUGACACCUGUAUUAAGUGGCAAAGAGCAUCAGGAAGAACACAAGCUGAGGAAACCUAUGUAUUUCACAUACAGGGUCUUCGCUGGUAUCAGAAGGAAUUCUGUUAUACGAUAACUCCUAAUUUCACCACAGUCUCUCAGAUCCCAGAGGUGUGCUUUACUUUACCUCCAGGCAGUAAUUACACUGUUAACAUCUCCACAGCAAACCUGGAUCACAGUGUCCUAGUUUAUAUGACAACACCAAUCACUGAUCCUCAAUCUCCAGAAGUAAAAUUCGUAACAGUUUAUGGUUCUUCACCAUUGUUCAGCCUGAGGAAGGCGGAAGAAAAGAAUGGACCCAUAAGUUCUUACCAAGUGAUUGCUGCUCCCUGGAGACCACAGUGCAGCUUUAAUUGUUAUUCCUUGACUAGCCUAGCUUACUUCAGCAAAGGCAGUGACUCAGAGGGCUAUGUGGCAGCUGAAUUCCCAGCCCAGGUCAUUGCUGACAACAUGCUGGACUUCACCCUUGGAGACAGACGAUACUAUGGGAAAUUUUACAAUGCUCCCUUGAAAAAAGGAAAAGAUUAUUGCAUCAUACUGAAGACUAUCAGUGAAUGGAAUGGGGUGAGAAAGCAAUCCUGUGUAGUCUGGGCUCACAUUAAAGAUUCAUCAUCCCCUCCUCAGCACUUGACUUUUGUCUUGUUAGGAUCAGGUGCUGCUCUCUGCUCCAUCCUGUUACUGUUGCUCUGUGUAGCAUGUGCAGCAGUACACAUGGCAUUACCUUCAGUUGAACCGACCAGAAGAACAGCUGGACUCUUAUCUGCAACCAUCUAUAUUGCCAAGCUGUUUUUGUUGCUGUUUCCUGCUGUGAUGGGACCACCAUUGUUAGCAGACCUGAUAAAAGAAGAACAAAGUCUCCCAGGCUGAUUGACAACGUGAGCCAGCUGUGUUUGUCUCCUAGGACGAGUCUUACAUGCCAUGACCCAUGUGGAACUAUUUAGCCCAAGAGCAACAGAAAAAGGGGGCCUCAUGUGGGCAGGCGAGCCUCACUCACCAUCUCUUGGGCCCUUGGGUACUGGCAUUUUUUGGGUGGCCCAGCUGCAGAACUUUCUGGACAGGGAUAACCUGGCUUCAAUUGUCUAUGGUCUGGUAACCUCCAAGUUAGAUUACUGCAAUGCGCGCGCUAUAUGGGGCUGCCUUUGAAGAAGGUUAAAAAAACUGCAGCGUGUGCAAAAUGUGGCUGCCAGCUUGAUAACAAGCUCAAGAAGGUCUGAACAUACAACACUGAUGCUGGCCCACCUGCACUGGCUGCCUGAAUGUGUCUGAGUCCAAUUCAAGAUGCUGGUUUUGACUUAAUAAGCCUUACACGAUUUGGGACUGCAAUAUAUGACGAGAGGGCGUCUUCUGGCAUGAACUUACCCAUACACUACAUUCAUCAUCUAAGGCGCUCCUCGAGGUGCCUCCUCUGAGUGAGGCUCAGAAGGUGGCAACAAGGGAGGGGGUCUUCUCAGUGGUGCCCCCCAAUCAUAGAAUGACCUUCAUGACGAGGCCGACCUGGUACCAGCAUUGUCAUGUUUUCAGGACCGGGCUAAGAUCCUUCCUCUUCUCUUAGGAAUUUGGCAGCAUAUGAAUUUUUAAUUGAGUCUUGUAUUUUUCGUACUGAUUUUUUUUAAAAAAAAUGUUUAGAUGUGUGUGUGUGUUGUCUGUUUUUAUAUGUUUGUAUGUAAAUGGGUUUUUAUACUAUGUAUAAUGUAUCUUUAAUGGUUUUUAAUCUUUGGGCAGUAUAGAAAUAUAAUUAAUGAAAUGUCUAUCACCCUGCUCCAAAUCUCAAACUGGUGGAGGUAGGGAUGAUCUUGAGCAAGGAACAAUUUAAAUAUUGAGCAAGGAACAAUUUCCCCCUGCCACUUCUCUACACUCAGUUACUAUACCUGUAGGCAAAUUCUGAACCUUAAAAAAGGACUGUCAGACUUCAGUUAUAUGCAGUAACAUGAGAUUGUAUCAGCUGCUGCUUUGCACUGCUGAAAGUUAGCGGAACAAUCUGUUCAAAGCAAGUGAACCAGAGUGAUCAAGCUUUUUUCCAUUUGACCAUUCAACUGUUCCAAAUCUCAUGUAUUAUUCCCUCCUCCCACUCCUUUAAUGUUACAGAUUGCUAAUAUAGCAUUGUACCUGAGCAUGUGAUAUCAGGGAUGGGCUGAUAAUCUUUGUCCUCAAAUAGCAUUGCCACCCUGCUUGCAUUGAACAAAGUCCCUUAGGAGGGUUGGCAUAAGGACACUGGUGAGGGAGAGCUGGACACCAGUGCCAGAAAGAGCAAGAUGCCCGUGGAUGGCCUGAGUCAUAUAUAACUUUCUCCAUGUAAAUGCAUACGUUGUGGGCUGGUUUGUGUGUGUAGGUGGAGCAGGGGAGUAGAGCGCUGAGGGCAAUACAGGAUGAUAAUAAACCUGGUGAAGGGUGGUGUUUAUUGCAUCCAAGCCAUACUCACCAAGUUGACCUUUCACCCAUCACAAAAACAGCCUGAAUCAGGGCCAAGCUUGACCUGAUUUUAAAAGCACCCCUGCAUUUAAUGUGCACUUUUUCUUUUUUCUUUUUUAAAAAACACAUUAAGUACAGAGAUGCAUUUAACAUCUAGUUUGGUCCUUAGUGACAACUUUCUUAUCCAAUUUGCAAAGCAUGCAAAGUGCAGGUGCGUUGUACUAGAUUAGACUCCUUUUGUGAACCUUGGUCUGCAAUUAACCUUACCGGAGAGUUGCUCUUUCGAAGAGCAGAAAGGAGGGUGGUGAGCCGGAGGUUCCUUAUUCCCUAAAGCUGAUCGGUCUUGCUGGCAAUAUCAACACCAGGAAUGGGGAAUCUUAGCCCCAGAAGCAAAAUCCAGGCCUCGGGGGUUCCUCGAAAGGCUCCACUCUUUCCCUCUGCCCCCACCCUUUCCUCCAGCCAUCAAACAGUUUGUGAUUUCCUGGCUUUUGUGCAGGUUCCCCCCCCCCAUUUGAAAAUUUUGAAAUACCUCUCCCUUAGGCUUAGUUACUGGCUGUAAGAGUUUUAACCUACAAUAUGCUGUUUUGUUGGUUUUGGGUGUGUUGUUGUUGUUGUCUUGUAUUUUUGGCCCUGCCCCUUUUGUCUUUGGUUCCACCUGCCACUAGAAUGCAGCACCUGAGAACUUCUCCAAAAUUGAAUUCAGACUAAAAGAGGUUUCCUAGCCCUAAUCUACAGGUACCAACCUCACUGUUUAUGUCCUUUGCAUUGGGCAAUGAGGGCAGCUCAUACACUUCAGAGGACUGGAUUUGGCCCUGGGCCAUCCAUUUGCUGAUUCCUAAUAAAGGAGAUGAAUUGUACCAUAGGACGGUAUAAUACGUUUGACACAGGAAUGUUUUACAGUUUCUAAUGUACAGGCAGCUCAAAGAUCUAGGAAAUACUUAGCUGAAAAUUCAAUCAGAGAUGGAGGUAAAGGAGAGUGCUAUAGGGUGAUGCCCAUGUGAAUAUCAAGCUUUAUGUAACUCAGCUACCACUAAUGCAGCCUCUGAUGUACUUGCCAUGAGUGGGAGUAUAUAGAUUGCUACAUAGCCAGCUGUCCCUUGUAAAAUACUUACACACUGGAAGCAUGGAUGCUGAAUUUUCUGAAAGACUCAAUAUGCUUACUGAUUGGUGUGGUAUUAAAUUUCAGUGACAAUUGGCUGUUCAUGAGCCCCUAGUGCCAAAUUGUAAAGCUGCCUUUAAUAGUUAAUGUGAAAUUUGCCAUUUCUGUUGCAGCUGCUGUAAAAGGUAUAACUUCUGGGUCAGUGCAUACUUGUGAUGUACGUGAAAGACUUGGGGAGGAGGGAACAAAACUGCUUAUAUCAAGCAAAACAAUGUUCCUUUGAUCCAUAUUAUUGUACUGGAGAAUUUCAAAGCUUGUACACUAUUUUGUGACCUGUCAGUUGGCCUAAUAAAGUUAACACCCAAAUCAGGAGUUUGGAA